AUGUCCAAAACAGCAUCUCCAACGGAAACCAGCCUUGAUGGCAACAUAGACGGGGAGAUUAAACAGCCAGCCGAAACAGCAGAGCCUUUAGACGAGCCAUCACUAUCUUCAUCGGCAGUGGCCUUCAUCCUCUUGGGAUUGAGUUUACCCGUUUUUCUGAUUGCUCUGGACACUUCCAUUGUUGCUACAGCUAUUCCUUACAUCACCGAUCGAUUUCGAUCUACGCAGGAUAUAGGGUGGUAUGGGAGCGCAUAUUUUCUUGCACUAUGCUCACUACAGCCGCUGAGUGGUAAACUCUAUGCCACAUUUUCUCUCAAAGCAAGCAAAGCUUCCACCUGGACGUUUCUCAGCUUCUUCGCCAUCUUUGAGCUCGGUUCUCUACUAUGUGCUACGGCCGUGAGCUCUAACAUGUUUAUCGGUGGGCGUGCCGUUGCAGGAGCCGGAGGAGCAGGCAUCGUGUCUGGUGCAUUUUCCAUUGUUGCAUUUAUUGCUCCGCUUAAAAAACGACCACUGUAUAUCGGAUUCAUAUCAUCAUUCUUUGGCAUUGCGACUGUGAUUGGCCCCCUGAUCGGAGGGGCUUUUACGGAACAUGUAUCAUGGCGAUGGUGUUUCUACAUCAACCUACCAAUCGGUGCGGUAGCUGGCCUGGUGCUGAUAGUAGUCUUCAAUCCACCCACAAGAGCGAUAGAAACAGAGCCCAUUACCCACCGCAUCCAGGCUCUCGAUCUUAUCGGCGCAUCUCUUUUCAUCCCGGCAAUCUUGAUGGCCUUACUUGCGCUUCAAUGGGGAGGGUCCACAUAUCCCUGGAAGUCAGCGACUAUCAUUGGCCUUUUUCUUGGAUUCGGGGGCCUCUGUGCGGUCUUUGUUGUCUGGCAGUUUUACAAAGGCGAAGCAGCCAUGCUGCCCAUGUCCAUACUCCUCAACCGUACUGUUGCUUUCAGCAGCCUCACUCUAGCGUUUGCAUACGGCGCAAUCUUCUCAGUCGUAUAUUAUCUUCCAGAGUGGUUCCAAGUCGUCAAAGGUGCGGGGCCCAUCAGAAGCGGCGUCAUGAGCCUCCCGACCUUCAUUCCGCAAAUUGCCGCCGCUUUGGUAUCUGGGGCAUUGGCCCCCAAGCUUGGCCCUCUUAAUCCCUGGGUAUACAUUGGCUGUUCCUUCAUGGUUAUUGGCAUUGGCCUCUACGCUACAUUUGAUGUGUCCACAUCUUCCGCACACUGGAUUGGCUACCAAAUCCUUCCAGGCAUAGGAUUUGGCUUGAUGGCUCAGAUGCCUGUUGUAGCGGUUCAAGCCACCUUACCAACUUCACAGAGUCCUGUUGGCGUUUCUACAGCUACAUUCUUUCAAUUCUUUGGCAGUGCUAUUUUUCUAGCGGUUUCCCAAGCUGUCUUUGGUAAUAUCUUCAUUGAUAAGCUGACGGGGCAUCUUUCUGGUGUCGAAAUACAAAGUCUGCUCCUCAAUGGCUCAGGAGCUAUACGAAAACUGGUACCCCCGGACGAUUUGCCCAUUGUUCUGGGUGCAUUUAACAAGGCCCUCGUAGGCACAUUCUAUCUCGCUGCAGGCGCGUCUGCGGCCGCGGUUUUCAUAUCGUUUGGGAUACCUUGGAUUAAUAUUAAAGGAAAGGAGUUGAUAAUUGAGCCCGGAGCAUAA